CGCUUCAGAUUAAACACAAUUAAUAUUCAUCAUUAUACAAUUUGGGUGUCUUUUUUUUGAAAGAAUUUUAAAAACUAGAAAUAACUGAUAUGGACUGCAUCAGGGCUUGCUUUUUGACAGAUGAAGAAAUAAAAGAAUGGGAUCGAAACAAAGAAGUGGAAAAAAAUUUAUUAAAAUGGCAACGCGAAACAAGUUCCGAAAUUAAAGUGCUGCUCCUGGGAACUGGAGAGUCUGGCAAAUCCACAUUUAUUCGGCAAAUGCGCAUAAUAUACGACGAAGGAUAUUCCGAGGAGGAAAGAGAUGGCUACAAGGUGCUAAUAUUGGGAACCAUACUCAAAUCAAUGGAGGCCUUGGUUAAAGCCAUGGACAACUUGCAGAUAAGCUAUGAGCACAAGUAUAAUUUGCGCAAUGCCCAGCUCAUUACCAAUGUCAAGAUCGACGAUUUUUUGAAUGCAACAGAUAUGUACGCAAGUGCCCUCAAAGAUCUGUGGAAUGAUGCAGGCGUGCAGCAUUGUUUCCAGAGACGUAGAGAAUAUCAUAUAGCCGAUUCGAUUAAAUACUAUGUGAGCCAUACAGACCGCAUUGCAGAUGCGAAUUAUGUGCCCAGUAACGAUGAUAUUUUGCAUAUGCGUGCACCCACGACAGGACUGGUGGAAUACAAAAUUAAAAUAAGGAAUACUGUUUUUCGAAUGAUCGAUGUUGGUGGGCAGCGUUCGGAACGCCGCAAGUGGAUUCAUUGCUUUGAUCGCGUCCAAUUGAUUAUAUUUUUAGUCGCCAUUUCAGAAUAUGAUCAAAUUCUAGAAGAGACGAUGGAUCAGAAUCGCCUGCUAGAAUCCAGAAGUGUCUUCACAACUCUUUGCAAUAAUGAGUGGUUCUGCGACACCCCGUUCUUGGUGUUCUUUAACAAAAUCGACCUAUUGGAGGAAAAAAUCAUGUAUUCCGACUUGGCAGUAUUCUUUCCUGAGUACCAAGGUCCGAAGCAAGACCAUAUGAAAGCAAGAGAAUUUUUACGGGAUAUGUUCUUGCAGUUAACUACACGAAGAAAAUUUUACAAACAUUUCACUUGUGCAACAGACACCAAUCAGAUUAAAACCAUCCUUGAAGUAGUUCGAAAUACAGUAAUAAAGAGACUUUUGGAUCAACAGGAUUGUUACUAACCCCAAAAAUGUCAGCAGGCUAUAACUAAGGUAUAGAAUUAGUUUAUUUAUAGCAUUUUUCUCAUAAGCUCAUACUAUUUUUAAGUAUAACUGCAUUUGUAAACAUUCUUUUGGUCAAAAUACAUUUCUAACCAACACCACUAGCUGUGAUGCAAGGGGUCAUAUCAUAACGCACUUGUUCCCAGCAACUUGAAUGAGAAGAGAAAACCCCACGGCGAACCACUUUCCAAAUUGAUCUUGCCAAGUGUUUUUUAUUACGAUCAAGUGUAGAGGCAUGGCUAAGUUAAUUCUGGUGUCGAGCGAAAUUUCUAAACAAUCACCCUGUACACAAAAAAAUAAUUUAUUUAUCGUAAACGAAACAAUCUUUAUUGUGAUAAGCAGAGGGAUUAUAUUUAUAUGUACUUAAGCAAUUAGAAAGUUCAUAACAUAAAAAUAUACCUAUUAUAAUAGCCUCAA